UCUCUACACUCCCAAUUUUUCCCUAUUCUUUUCUCCCUUUGACACACAGCAAAAAAACAACAAGAAAUUCUUCUCUUUCACUGACGGAGAAAUCAAUCCAAAAAUCAAUCCACUAUUUCCUUAUUCCCCUACAAAUUUGUGGGCGCAGUGAUUAAUUCACACCAUUUCUCUUGCACUGACGGAGUGUAAUUAACUGGAAGAAAAAUGGAAGAUCCGAAUUUGAUAAUUGACCCGGAUUAUGAGUUCGAGGCGCCACGAUUCUACGACUUUAUGAAUGGAGAAACGGAGGAGGAUAUGCGGAAGGCUGAACUUUGGUUCGAGUCUACAAUCAGCUAUGCCCCUUCUCCUUUUACGCAAAGAAUCAAGAAGAGUGGUAGAACAUUUCAACUUGAGAGCCUAUGUGAUUUUACCAAAGACGAGGAAGUGCAGGAUAAUAAUUCAAGGCCUACAACCGAGCCCUCUGCUUCUGGAACUAAGGACGAGGUAAGGUUAAAUGGUGGGAUUGAAGAGCAUGCAGCGGCGCUCACUUCUUCUCGAAGUAAGGAAGUGGUAACGCCAAAUGCGAUUACUGAAAAACCUGGUAGCAGUCCUCCUAAUCCGGAACCUAUUCAGAAGCAGUCAAAUGUAGAAGAAAUUAGUACCCCCGCACCACCAAUGAUAUCUCUGAAGAGUGACAGGAAGACUAAUUCCAAGAAGCAACAGACUGCUAAAAAGAUCGCCAGCAUUCUUAGAAAUCCAUCAGCAUUACAGUCAAAAUCUAACAUGCAACAGUCACAAUUGAAGAGUGGUAAUCCAGCUAGUACGAGGAAGCAACCAACCGUGAAAAGUGCCAUUAAAGCACCUAAUUUUGCUCAUGAAAACCAAGCUAUAAAGAGACAGAAACUAGAAGACGGAAAAUCCAGACAGAUUCUUAACAUCAAACCUCAGAUUCUGCCGCACAAAACAAGAGUUGGAGUUGCUAGCAGCAGUUCCGCCUUACUCUCUUCGACUGCAAAAACUCAUAAAAAGGAUAGAAAGAUGUAUGUUCGGGAACCAGUUGCCCCAUUUGUUUCAACAGCAGAAAUGAUGAAAAAGUUCCAAUCUAGCACCAGGGAGAUGUCACUAUCUCGCAUGAGCAAUUCUACUUUACAUGAUGAUCCAGCUGUUAUGCAGAGGAAGCAUAAGCUUAUAUUGACCAGGCCUAAAGAACCUGAAUUUGUAACAGCUCAACGUGUUCGUCCAACAAGAGUCAAGAGUUCAGCUGAGCUAGAGGAAGAAAUGAUGGCCAAAAUUCCCAAGUUUAAGGCUCGACCAUUAAACAAAAAGAUAUUGGAAAUUCCAACUCUACCAGCAUUACCGAAGAGUACACCUCAACUACCAGAAUUUAAGGAAUUUCAUUUGCAAACUAUGGCACGGGCGAAUCAAAAUGCUGAAACAUCAACAGUUGCAUCAAUAGAAUCUACUCAGAGUCAUCAAUGGAAGCCGACGCAUCUUACAGCUCCAAAAUCACCUCUUCUUAAAACAUCACUAAGAGCACGGCCUCCAAAGAUCAAAAGCUCUGAAGAAAUGGAAAAGGAAGAACUUGAAAAAGUUCCCAUUUUUAAGGCAAGGCCAUUGAAUAAGAAGAUUUUUGAAAGUAAGGGAGAUUUGGGGAUGUUCUGCAACAUAAAGAGGCAGGUAACAGUGCCUCAGGAAUUUCAUUUUGCCACAGAUGAACGUAUUCCGCCUCCAACUAACGUAGCUGAUAUAUUUGACAAGCUUUCCCUUAAUUCUGAACCUCAAAAUGACAAGACUACUCUCCCUAGAAACACCGCCCCGAAUCCUUUUCAUCUCCACACUGAGGAACGAGGUGCAGAGAAAGAGAGGAGAUUGUUCACCGAACUUCUACAUAAACAAAUCGAGGAGGAGCGGUCCAGAAUUCACAAAGCAACUCCGUAUCCAUACACCACUGAUUAUCCCGUGAUUCCACCAAAACCAGAACCAAAGCAGUGCACAAGACCGGAACCUUUCCAAUUGGAGAGUCUCACUAAGCAUGAGGAGGAGAUGCGGAGGCAUAUGGAAGAAAGGCGAAGAAUGGAGGAGGAAGAAGCAAAGAUGAGGAUUUUUAAGGCGCAACCAGUAUUGAAAGAGGACCCAAUACCAGUUCCUGAGAAAGUACGUAAACCCCUCACUGAAGUUCAAGACUUUAAACUGCAUGUAGAUCACCGUGCUCAUGAUAGAGCUGAGUUCGAUAAGAAGAUUAAGGAGAAAGAGAUGAUGUAUAAAAGGUAUAGAGAGGAGGCAGAAUCUGCAAAAAUGAUGGAGGAAGAGAAGGCGCUGAAACAACUGAGGAGAACUUUGGUGCCCCAUGCAAGACCUGUGCCUAAAUUUGAUCAUCCAUUUCAACCUCAGAAGUCUUCAAAACAAGUGACAAAGGCAAGAUCACCAAAGCUACAGAUUGUUAAGAGAAAAGAAAGGAGGGCAAUGACCUGCCCUUAUGCGGCAGCUUCUAGUGCUGCCUACCAAAUGAGGUAGUGAUAAAAAUGGCAGCCCGGUUCAAAUGAGGUAGUGAUCAAUUCAAAAAUUUGGGGAGCUGCUAAUUAGUUGUUCAAGAAAUCUUGAAUUCUACACAGAGAGGAGGGGGGAAAUUUUGAGUUCAGAAGAAUAUUUGUAAUGUAUGUAAAACUUGUGCAAAAUCGGAGCUCUACAAAUUCACUUUAGUUUGAGUUUAGAGAAAUAUUUGUAAUGUAUGUUAGUUAAACUUAUGCAAAAUCGGAGCUAGUAUUAUUAGUGUGUAAUUCAUUCA